AUGGCUACUACGAUUAUGUCUCACAGAUCAAUCUCUCAAUGUUUUCGAAAUACGCCAACGAAAAACUUCUCCAAGAUCGAUUCUUCACUGAGUUACACUUCCAGAAAGAGAAACUUCUCCAAGAUCGUAGCAAUGUCUUCUCUUUCUUACAACACUCACUUGUCUCCUUCCAAGAACAUUAUCACUGACAACUCGCAGAAAAAACCAAAUGAAGCAGCUUUAAUAUUGAUUAGGCAUGGAGAGUCAUUGUGGAACGAGAAGAAUCUAUUUACUGGUUGUGUUGAUGUGCCAUUAACAGAGAAAGGUGUAGAAGAAGCUAUUGAAGCAGGGAAGAGGAUUAGUAACAUACCUGUAGAUGUUAUUUAUARGUCGUCUCUUAUUCGUGCUCAAAUGACUGCAAUGCUUGCUAUGAUUCAGCACCGUCGUAAGAAGGUACCGAUCAUUUUACAUAAUGAAAGCGAACAGGCGAAAAGUUGGAGUCGAGUUUUUAGUGAAGAGACUAAAAACCAAUCAAUUCCUGUUAUACCUGCGUGGGAGCUCAAUGAAAGAAUGUAUGGAGAAUUGCAAGGUUUGAACAAGCAAGAAACAGCGGAAAGAUACGGGAAACAGCAAGUUCACGAAUGGCGUAGGAGUUAUGAUAUUCCUCCUCCUAAAGGCGAGAGCUUGGAGAUGUGUGCUGAGAGAGCAGUGGCUUAUUUUGAAGACAAUAUCGAACCAAAGCUUGCAGCUGGAAAGAACGUAAUGAUAGCUGCUCACGGGAACUCGCUGCGGUCUAUCAUAAUGUAUCUUGACAAAUUGACUUGCCAGGAGGUGAUAAGUCUAGAGCUCUCGACCGGUAUACCUCUUCUCUACAUCUUCAAAGACGGCAAAUUCAUCAAGCGUGGAAGCCCGGUUGGUCCAACAGAAGCUGGUGUCUAUGCUUAUACAAAGAGAUUGGCUCAAUACAGACAGAAGCUAGAUGAGAGCAGUUAA